CGCGCUUGCCGCUUCAGGCUAUUACCGAGUUUGGGCUCCGCAGAUUCCACGACGCGCCUUCCUAUGUACACCACUGCACGCCUUUCACGCCCACCACAUCGCCGCACACCCCCUGUUCACGUGCCAUUUUUGGGCUCAACAUAUCUUCGACACCAUCCACAACACCCCAGUUGCGGCCCUUGCCACCGCUUGCGCCCGAUACGCGCUCUCCACACGCGUCGCCCACGGCACGCUCCACCACGAUGCCUGCCCGCAAGCGCGCCGCGAGCGACAUGGAGGUGGAGGAGCCCGUCGAGACACCGAGCACGCUACAAAAGCUGCGUAAUAUGUGGCAGUUCGCAAACCUCGCACAGUACAUCUCUCUGUUCGGCGACGCAGUAAAGAUUGACAAAGACUUGGACAUCGAGGAGCUGGAGUCCGAGUGCCUAAAGCCCGGGCCGUCAGAAAAGCUUGCACAGCUCGGGCUGGCGCUUUUGAAGCAUGUGUCGUCGCACAAGGGCCUAACGUAUGCAGCCCACAUACCCUCCACAUGUGCACGUCUGACCCAGCCUAGACCAGCCAUCUUCGACGAAUACGCGCGCCGCCAGUUUGUCGCCAAAGCGCCCGAGCGCAAUCCCUUCGGUGAAGAAGAGGACCCCAACAGGUUUGACGACUUCGACGUCUGCACCAAGAUCCGCGUGCUGCAACAGCUCUCAACAUGGACGUUGAACAACCCCAACUCGAUACGGGAGAGGCUAGCAGCUCCAGAUAGCGAGCAAGCACUAUGGCGCAUGGAGCCAACCGGCUGGGACAAGGAAGAAAGAGCCCUCUUCGUCCUGGACGACAAUCGCAUGUAUCGCCGAACCGAACCUGCCCCGCCCGCCCCUCCACAGAAAGCCAAAGCCAAAGCCAAGUCCAAGCCAAAGGCGAAGCCACGAGGGACCCGCACCAGCAAGCGCCAAAAACAAUCAUCCCCGGAGUCUGAAGAGGAGCUCGAGGAAGAGGAGAAUGCUGUGGCCGUUCAAGAGCCUGAAGUGGUCGAAGACGAUGGGUUUGGUGGCAUGAAGUGGGAAUGCCUCUGCAUCACACUGGAGGACUACCGCGACUACCUCAGCAGCAUACGCAAAAGCCGUGACCUCAAUGAGAAGACACUUUACAAGCGCAUUGAAGAGGAUGUAAUACCAGUACUGGAAGGGCUAGCUGAAGAGCAGGAACGGAAACAAGCUCGCAAAGCCAAGGAACUCGAGAACCUUCAGAAACUCGCCACGGCGAAACGGUCGUCUCGCAUCUCAGCCAGGGUCGAGAAGCAGAAGGAGGUCGAAGAGGUCGAAGCUGCGGAACGCAGGAGGCGGGAAGAGCUUGCUAGGGCCAAAGCCGAGCAAGCGAAGCAGAAGAAGUUUGAAGAGGCGCACGACUCCCGCCGAAUGACACGAGAGCAGCGACUACGCGAGCGCGAGACCGCAAAGAUUCUCAAGGAAGAGGAGCUCCGCAAACUCCAAGAGAACGAGCAGAAGCUGGCUUCCAACAAUGCUCGCCUAUCCGAGAGACAUCUCAAGGCCAUGAUGAAGCAGCACGAAGCGGAUCUCAAGAGGCUCAACGAGGAAGAAGACUGGUUCUUUGACUGCGAGAAGUGCGGUGUCUAUGGGUCGAAUCUUAACGACAAUUCGCCUCAAGUCUCAUGCGAGACGUGCAACGUCUGGCAGCAUGUCAAGUGCCAUGGUAUCUCGGAAGAGGAUGUUGAGGAUUCCAAAUUCGAGUUUAUCUGCACUUCUUGCAAGCGCAAAGAGGAGGAAGCCAGCCAGCCCAAAUUGCCACCGCUUAAGUUGCGACUGACAUCGGCAUCGCCAGCUUCGCAACCAAACGGUGAAGGAUCUCUAGGCUUGACACGCCGUCUCGACUCUGUCUCAAUACCUGCGCCUCGGCACGGUCCGGCACAGACUCAACAACCUCACUUCCAACCUGCACAGCCUUGGGUAGAUGGACCCAGCCUGUCUCCGCGUGGUCAGGCUCUUGGUCCUCCUGGCAUCCAAAACUCAGAAGCUGCUUACGGGUCGUCGUCUCGUCUACCGGAUCUCAACUCAUCCCCCAUUCGACAGCGUCCAGCCUCAUCGUCGCGGCCCGCAGAAAGCUCAUUCCGAUCACACGGUCUCGGUUCGUCCCCACCGCCUUUCAACCUUCCGCCGGCGCCCACAAGUCCAUUUAAGAGCAUACGAAUGCCCCUUCCUCAACAGAAUGGUAGUUCGUUCGGUCUACCCAAUCCAUUCGGGCCAUCACAGCAUACGCCUGUCGCUCAGACCUUCAAUCAAAGCUUCAGCCAGAGCUUCAGCCGACCGGGUACAGCUGCUGGGCCUGCAGGUUCGCCGGUAAAGCACUCGCCUGCGAACUCUCCCCGCCCAGCAAAUGGCCUUCCGGUGGUGUACAACUUCAACAGCCCCCACUCUUCCUUUCCGCCCAGCUCCGCACAACGCCCCUCCUUCUCGCCCAUCAAACACAGCUCGCCAGCGCCGAUGCCACACAUGUCGUCGCCCGCGCCCGCGCCCGCGCCUGUCCGUAUCGCUCCAUCGCCUUCGCAGAUGCCAGCGCAAAUAUUGCCUGACGCCAUCCCUGCACCACUCAAGCACGAUGGUGCAAGGCCAAUGAGCAGCCACGAGAUGAGUGAGACGCCUAUUUUCCCGCCGAUCAAGAGCUUGAAUCCGGAUGCGAGCCCCCAAAUCCUGAGUCCGCCGGUCAAGAAGAGCAGUCCUUCGCCUGACAGGCAUCGUUUGGCGCCGGUUGGUGAGCAUGGAUUUGGACAUGGACUACCUCACCCGGCCAAGUGAGCGGAUAGCAUGUUAGCUUUCUCGUCUUCCAUUCGGAGUUUUUUUGAUGUUUCAGAGCUUUGUUCUGCGCAGUCUGGAUUACUGUUUGCAAGCGCAACGAGGCGUUACUGGAUGGUGGCCGAAAUACUUUUAGGUUCUGCAUGCAUGGUAUUUUAGAUUGCUAAAGUAAGCGGGCGGGUGGUGCUUGGAGGUGCGGUGAGCUGCGCCUUUGAUUCUUGUUACGUGUAUUACUACAUUGAAGAUAUACGAUGAAGUAAUUAUUUACCUCCG